GAUAACAAGCCAGACAAAAAGAGGGAUUCCUCCUCCUCAGCGCCAAACUUUGGACCCCGACAAAUGUGAAGCUGACGAAACUAACCCACAACGCCACCAAAACAAAGUCCCACCCAUGGUCCAAGCCGGAACUGUUCGUCCUUAUUCCGGUUGACGUUGGUUGCCGCUUCCGUUCCCGCAUGAGCGUUUGGAGCAGGAGGGCAAGACGCCGACUUCACGCCCAGAGAAAUGUUGUGGAGAAGAUCUUUGUUAGCAGUGCUGCUGGCUGUGGCUGUGGGGGUUUACCUACUGCCGUCUCCUAUAGACCCCAAACCGCACAUUCUGAAGGGGCCUCCACCAGCGCUUGAAGGGCCACUGGCUGUUAACACCCGGCUGCAGAAUGGCCGCAGGUUGUUCACUGGAAUACUACAUGGACCAGAAUCUUUUACUGCCGAUGGGAAUGGUAACGUGUACACGGGAACCGUCGACGGAAAGCUGUGGAGAAUCGGUCCCGAUGACGGCCUCACCCUCAUCACACACAUGGGACAGGAUCUACCUGAAUGUGGCAGCAGCACGGACUAUGAACCGGUCUGCGGCCGUCCUCACGGCGUUCGUCUGGACCGGCAGGGUCAGCUGAUCGUUGCAGACUCUUACUUCGGGCUUUACAGCGUCGACCCUAAAACGGGAGAAAAGACCCGACUGGUAGCCAACGCAGAUGGAGCUGCUGGCGUUCCCUUCGGCUUCCUGAACGGCCUCGAGAUUUCCUCCCGAACUGGGAUUAUCUACUUCACCGACUCGUCCAGCCGCUGGGGCCGCCGACACGUCAAGCUGGAGGUGAUCGAGUUGAACAGCCUCGGACGUCUUCUCUCCUAUGAUCCUCGGAGUAGAAAGGUGACAGUGCUGCUGGACUCGCUCUACAUGCCCAACGGCAUCGCGUUAUCGCCUGACGAGAACUUCCUGCUGUUGGCUGAGACUAGCAUCGGACGCAUACUCAGGUACUGGCUGGAGGGCCCCAAGGCCGGCACCAAGGAGCUCGUCCUGGACAACAUGAUCGGUUACCCUGACAACAUCCGCCGUAGCGACCACGGAACUUUCCUGGUCGGCAUAACGACGCCGCGAUUUCAGAAGUUCCUGCCUCCGUUCUUGGACCUGAUCGCUCCGUACCCGGCAGUGAAGCGCUUCCUGGCCAAGGUGGUUCCUCUGAGCUGGUACAACCUCCUGCUGCCGCGCUACGCUCUGGUCCUGGAACUGGGAGAGGACGGACAAAUCGUGGGAACGCUCCACGACCCCGAGGGCCGCCUAACGUGGGCCAUCAGCGAUGUCUUUCAGCACCGAGGCAGAACCUACCUGGGCAGUACUGACCUACCGUUCCUGCCCGUCCUGGAGGUGUGGGACAGCUGAUGACGGCCUGCUGCUGUGUGAGCACAAUUAAUGUCUUUUGGUACAGACAGGAGGAAAGGUCCAAAAAAAACUCCUUUAAAGCAGCUUCAAUCAGGAGGACUAAAUGACACUGAUUUAUCACCAGGAUGCAUUAAAUCUAUUUUAUGUUUAGAUUAAAUCAAUGAAAAACAUCAAUAUUUAACAUAUAUUUCCUGCUAAAGCAUCUAUUCUAAAAAUACUAUUAGACAUAAAAUUUAGCCUUUU